CAUUGAUUCAUUCAUUUUUGUCGUCUUUCUUUGUUCUGGCCGUGUCGGGAGCGUCCCCGAUCGCUUCGCACCGUCGCAACUCCCAUCGGAUUGCAGCUUCCCAUGGCCCCGCCUUCAGGCUCUGGACCGUUUGAUUUGCUCGCCGCAGCUGCGGUGGGUGCUGCCGUCUCGGCCACACUCACUGUUCUCCUGCUUCACAACACAACCGGCCGUCGAUCACAAACGACUCCGAUUCGGGAUGCACAUCCGGCCGAUCCUCGUCAGCCGGGACUCGCCGAUCCUCACGUCGCCGGCAACGAUCCGCCCAACCCAGACCCAGACCCAGACCCAGACCAAGGUCCAGACGGCCUGCUCGAUAUUGAUCUCGUCUUGGAUAUUGCCGAGCCAGCGAGGAACGGCGCCGCCAGGGAGCCCCGCAAGAGCAACAAGAAGAAGCGUCUCGAAUUGAAGGCUGCCAAGAGCCAGUCGUCGCAGCUCUCGACAGACCCGUCGCAUCGCCCGAAUGACCUAGACUGUGCUGGAUCUUUGGAAAACAGCAUGGGCGAGGACGAAGAAACAGGCUCUGCGAAACCGACCAAACCGGCCCGCGAUCCUCACGAGCACUGCAACCAACGAAUCGCUGCCGAGCGCAUCGGCAGGAUCAAUGCCGAGAAGGCUCUCAGGGCAGGCGUGGUCGAGCACAUCUCGGACCCGUCGGUGGGAUAUCCCCUGUUGGUGAUCGGCACCACACAGUCGCCGUAUCUUGCCCGGCGAGGCACACCCCGACAGGGCCUUCUCGUCCCAGACUCUCGAGCCCGGAUCGUGCUGUCGAACGAGAUCCCGACCGAAACCCUCGAAGGCCUGGAAGGCUAUUCGCAUCUGUUUGUGCAAUUCCUGUUUCAUGAAAACACCAACCUGGUCAAGACCGUCUUGGCCCCGGGUGCGAUGGGCAAGGAGGCCCUGCCAUCGCCCGGAGAACCGCCGAUGCCGUCGCCGAUGCCGUCGCCGUCCCAGCCGAGUUCGUCUGUCGCUUCUGCUGUCCUCAAGUCUCGAACGUGCGCCGCCAAGUCGAGCACCUUCACGAGCAGGGUACAUUCGUUCGCAGCCAAGGUUCUGCCGCCGCUGCUGUCAGGAGGCUCCAUUGGUGUCUUUGCGACCCGGGCGCCGCACCGACCCAAUGCCCUGGGCCUGUCGCUCGUCCAGGUCGUCUCGGUCGAUGCUGCAAAUCGGACCGUCACAGUCGCCGGCGCUGAUCUGGUCAACGGCACUCCCAUCGUCGAUCUCAAGCCGUGGGGCCCGUUCGACUGCCCAUCGUGUCUGCACUCGGUUGUCGACCAUACCGGCAUCCAGGGCUGCGGCGGAGACCUGCCCCGGUGCCGAUGCUUUGACGCUCGGAUCCCGCACUGGGUUGCAGCCGGGCUCGCUCACCCGUACACUCUGCCAAUCGAGUGGCGACCCGAAGCCGAAGCGGCUGUGAUGACUGUGGUCGAGGCCGGCGAAAGCACCUUCUACCGACGAGACGAGGGACAUGUGCUGCUCCGAGCCAUCACCGAGCUGCUUGCCUUGGACAUUCGCAGUGUCCACCAGGGCCGCGGUGGAGGGGCCAGCACGGCCGAUGUCAGGGUCGGCUCGGAUGGGCCCGUCGACGACGACCGACAAGAGCUCGGGAGGGUUGGCGGCACCGACAUGCUCGGCGGUCGACUCAAGGGCACGACGCUGAACGAUGCCCAGCAGCUCUACGAGGUGGAUUACGACGUCCUGAACAUCUCGUUUUCGGUCCACAACGGGGGCCACGCUGUGCACCACAACAUUCCGUGGAUCUCGAUCGACAGGGCGAUCAAAAUUGUAGAUCGACCAGAGGGCAGCCCAUGAGGGUCAUCGCAAAUACAUGCCCCCUUUCCCUCUGCUCGAUCGCGGCAGAUCCGGCCCUCUGUCUCAAACAUAGCCUCCGUGUCUUUGCUGGGCACGCACGCCUUGUAUUGUCGCUAGGU